AUGGGCGGGGUUGGCCGUGGGGUUGGGGAGGGCAGGGGGCGGGGAGGAGGAGGAAGGCGCUGGCGGGCAGUGAUGGCGGCGGGUGAUGGGGACGUGAAGCUAGGCACCCUGGGGAGUGGCAGUGAGAGCAGCAGCGACGGCAGCAGCGAGAGCCCAGGCGGCGCGGGAGCGGCAGCAGAAGGGGGCGGCUGGGCAGCAGCGGCAUUGGCGCUUUUGACGGGGGGCGGGGAGAUGCUGCUGAACGUGGCGCUGGUGGCGCUGGUGCUGCUGGGGGCCUACCGGCUGUGGGUGCGCUGGGGGCGGCGGGGUUUGGGCGCCGGGGCCGGAGCCGGCGAGGAGAGUCCCGCUGCCUCUCUGCCUCGUAUGAAGAAGCGGGACUUCAGCUUGGAGCAGCUGCGCCAGUACGACGGGUCCCGCACCCCGCGCAUCCUGCUCGCGGUCAAUGGGAAAGUCUUCGACGUGACCAAAGGCAGCAAGUUCUACGGCCCGGCUGGUCCAUAUGGAAUAUUUGCUGGUAGGGAUGCCUCCAGAGGACUGGCGACAUUUUGCCUAGAUAAAGAUGCACUUAAAGAUGAAUAUGAUGAUCUCUCAGACUUGAAUGCUGUACAAAUGGAGAGUGUUCGAGAAUGGGAAAUGCAGUUUAAAGAAAAAUAUGAUUAUGUAGGCAGACUCCUAAAACCAGGAGAAGAACCAUCAGAAUAUACAGAUGAAGAAGAUACCAAGGAUCACAAUAAACAGGAUUGAACUUUGUAAACAACCAAAGUCAGGGGCCUUCAGAACUGCAAUUCUUACUCCCUUUCACAGAAUGUCCAGCGUCUUUGGGUUUGGUUCACCUGCUGCAAAAAACAUUCAACAGAUUGUAUACAAGCUAAAUGAGUCUCACUUUGAAGAUUUGAAUACUAGACAUUAUUUAUGCUGCCAACCUCAUUUGUUGCAGUUGUUUGUAAUGUCUGGUGGGGCUUCAUCAUCCUGAAAAGGAGGAAACAGGGACUUUUUUAAAGAGCAGGAAAGUCACAAGGUUACUAUUCCCUCUCUCCCUCC